UCCCAAAAAUAGAGGGCACGAAAGCAAGUUCAUCGGAAAAUAUAACAUUUAUCCGAAAAUAUUCCAGAUUUAGAAAAGCGCACAAGAGCGUGUUAGUUAGCUUAUUUGUUUACGCAUUUUUGUCUGCUUACCUGCCUAAAACUUUCCGCUUACCUGAUUCAUUUUGAAAUUGCUGACGAGACAGGAAUGCGAAUGAUAUAAAAGAAAGUAUACAGCUGUUAAAUCUGGACUUGUCACCUGUAUCAGCGAAGCAUCAUGGAGUGGCUGUUGUGUGGUGUUCUAGCAUUGCUGGCGAUCAAAUCAACCGUUGGUGUUGACAUAGAUAAGAAAUGCUAUGCAGACAUCGCCUUUGUUGUUGACAGCUCAAGCAGUAUACACGAGUCAGAUUUCAAAAUUCAGAAGGCGUUCAUAGAAAAUUUAGUCAGAUACUUUGACGUUGGUCCUAAGGAUGUCCAAUUUGCUGCAGUUUCUUUUAACUCCUACGUGUAUGACGAAUUCAAAUUCAACACAAAUGCUGACCAAGCGAGUGUCAUUGAAGACGUUGAUGAUAUUCGAUAUCGCGCAGGCCUAGCCACUAGGACGUACAAGGCUAUCGAACGAAUGCGUGACUUCCUAUUUGCUUCUAAUAAUGGUGCACGUGACGAUGCCGAGCACGUGGGGAUUAUCCUGACAGACGGGACAACCAACCCCGGGAGAAUUGACGGGCUUUCAUCCAACCAGGGUAAGGCAAAAACGCAAGAAGAAGCUAAGUCAGCAAGGAACGACAACAUAACCCUGUUUGCUAUUGGAAUCGGACCUAAGGUGAAUAUGGCUGAACUCAACGGAAUAGCUACAGACCCUGACGACAAGUUUGUCAUCACAGUUGCCAACUACAGUGAGCUUGACAAAGAAGGAGUGAAAAAGGCCCUGUUCAACAGAGUUUGUAGUCUCGUCAAUAUACCAGCCCCAAUAGCUCCAACAACUACGCCAACUAUACCACAAGGAGAGGAUCCCAAAAGAAGUAUGUCAGGGUAAGCCAGCCGACAUUUUCUUCAUACUUGACGAGUCAAGUAGCAUCCAUACACCCAAGAACUUCCAGUUAGAACUGUCCUUCGUAAAGCAGGUCGUCGAUUA